GGGCUGCAGCCACCAUGGGCGGCUCGCCGCCGCCACCAUGACCGCGGAGCCACUGGCGCAGCUCCCUGCCACCUUCUCCGCGGACCAUGAUCCAUGCCUUUUUUAGAUCUAUCUUCCGGGUUCUGCCACUGCUCCUUGUUCUGUCUCCAGUGAACUCAUCAGCUUGUACAAUGGGAAACAAAACGACUGAAAUCCGUGCGAAGUAUGAGAAUAUACUAAGCCACGACAUCGAUGAGCUGGUAAAUAUGUCUGCAGAGUAUCGUGACAGGUGCUGCAGGAAUAAAAAACAUGAAAGAGUCUUCUUCUGCAACGACACUCAGGAAAUACAAUCACUACAGAGGAUGGCAUGCAACAUGCUCAGAUUCUCUCAUAAGCAAAGACUCAGCAGGGACUUGAGAUGGAAAGCAGCACUAGUCUCGUGUGGGACUUUACAGGUUCUACAGUGCAAUAUUUUAUGCAGACAUAGAAAGGUUUGCACACAGUUAAAUACUGGCAAUAGAGAAGAUGCAGGAACAGGGGAACAGUCCAAAAAGAAAUGUAACCAAGACUUUUGUGAACUGAAAGAAAACCUGUCUAGCCUUCGAUCCUGCUGGAAUAAAUUUGAAAAGAUCGUUUCCAGGUGAUUCCAGGUGAACCCUGCUCUUUUCUUUCCCAGUGGCAUUGCUCAGAA